CUGGGUAGAGGCCCCUACCGGCUCUCCACCUUCGGGGACGGGGGGGCGGUGCUGCUGGCUGCCAGCAGAUCCAACGGCUCCGUGUUCCUGCAGAGAGCCAACACCAGCUCCAGCUCCUCCGGGAUCCUCUCCCAGUUCAUGAUGACGCCGGGCCUGAGCAGAGUGCGGCCCCACGACAUGUCUCGUGUCUCCUUCGAGGCGGCCGACAGACCUAACUACUUCCUGCUGGCCGGUCCGGGCGGCCCGGUCCGGCUGGCUAAGUGGGAGGACAGCCCGGCCUUCUGGGACAGAGCCACCUUCGUCCUGCACAGGAACACCUGGAUCCCGGGCUACGACUCGCUGGAGGCCCAGGCCCGACCCGGCUUCUUCCUGCACGCCGCGGCGCCCCGCCUCCGCCUGCUCAGAUACACACACGCCCACAGCUUCCGCAGGGCCACGCUCUUCAGACUGACCGGCGCCCGCGCAGACGCCCCCCCCAGCCCCCGGUGCCAGUGGAGGUACGAGGCCUGUGUCAGCCCCUGCUUCAGGACCUGCAGCGACCCGGCCGCCCAGGCCUGCCCCUCCAUCCCACAGUACGACCCCCGCCCCGAGUCCAGCACCUAG